GACGAGCACCAGAGAACUCUCUUCGCACAUAAGCUGACUCCACGAAAUGGUUCGCAGCCCUAGACUCAGGCGGGCCUUUCGGCCAAUCUCUUGAGAUUAUUGUGCAUUGCCUACGCUUUGCUUCACAUGAUGCUAUGAUUCUUAGGCACGCGCGGCUGGCCCUUGCGGUCACUAUUUUCGUGCUUGUCAGUGACGGGGCACUUGUCGCUGCGGGGACAAAUGACAGCUCUGGCGUAGCAGCAGUGCAGACAGAGGCGGAAUUUGUUUCGGCAAUCCGGGCAGUGGAUACUUCAAUCAUCCGCGUGUCGACGAAUUUGCGCCUGUCCCCAGCAGCCUGGCCAGCCUCUCCGAUAUUAGUAAACAGAAACAUCACCGUGCUGGGCGGUUCGGGGUUCCCGCUAUUUGAUUGCGCCUUCCUAGAGCGGAAGCUCACGUUGGCGCCCGGCAGCACCUGGACGUUCAAGCAGGUGGAGCUACGCAACGUCCGCCAGCGAGCAGGCUUUGAGGUGGACCUGUUCACCGAGAGCCCCAACGCCACGGUGGUGUAUGAUGACGUCGUAUACUUCUGUUUCUCCUGCCUGCCCGUGAGGCUGCUCAUGCAGCUUAUCCCCACGCUGCCGCGUGCCCCCGGCGAUGAGUCCGGCCCGGCGCCCAACGUGUCCGCCGGCCCGGCGGAGUGGUGCCGCACCGCGCCGCCAGUGCUGGCCGCCUGCUACCGGCAGCCCAACCUGUUCAUGACCAUCUACGCGCGGGCGCUGCUGGUGUCGCAGGGGCUGCCGGGGCUCAGCGGCGGCGGCGGCUACGUAUUGCUUGCGCAGCAGGUGCUGUUCGUGUGCGAGGACCCCGUCACGGACGAGUGCGGCACAAGCCUGGGCUAUGACCUGUGUGUGCGCACCAAAAUCGGCAACAUGUAUGCCAAGGACAACACCUGGGAGCUGCUGGCCGGCAACGUCACGGCGCCCGGGCAGGGUGGUGGCGGAGGAGCGAACACCGGGGCCAUCGCAGGUGCGGUGGUGGGCUGCGUCGUGGGGCUGAUGCUGGUGGUGGGCGUGGCGCUGUAUGUCGUGCGGCGGCGGCGUCAACGGCGGCAGCAGGCGCACCAGGAGGCGUCGUGCAAGCAAGGCCAAGAAGCGGCCGGGUGCGCGGCCGGCAGUGCGCAGCCGGGCAGCCAGGACGGCGCAGCGAAUGGCGCCAGCCGCGUGAAGGAGCCCCGAGACUCCUCGGGCGCUGCGGCGACGGUGUUCACGGACAUUGUGUCCUCAGACGACGUGGCGGACGGACUGCCCGCCGCAAACGGCGAAGCCGCCAACAACCCCUUCCCCAAGACGUCUGCCGCCGCCACCAAGAGCGGUCGGGGACUGCGCUGCACCAUGUCUGACACAGCCUCGGCUGACGGCGGGCUGAGCUCCAGUGGCGGUGCCACCGGCACCGCCGCUGCGGCGGCGGCAGCCGCAGCCGCGGCGGCGGCAGCGGCUGCACUGGUAGCUGGGGCGCCGGUGAGCGCGCACAGCGGCACAGGCAGCAGCGACCAGAGCACCAGCCGGCGGUUGGCGGCGGCCCUGGCAGGGCUGCCGUUCAGCAUCAGCACGCAGGACGGCAGUGGCCGGCAGCAGCCGUCGGCAAGUGGCGGCGGCGGCGGCAGCGGGCGGCAGGCGGGGGACUCGCUCAUGUCGAACGGAACAUUCAACCUUGCCGGCAUUCAUAUAGACCUGCUGGCGCCCCUGGGCAGCGGCUCCUUCGGGCGCGUGUAUGCCGGCAGCUGGCAGGGCCGGCCCGUGGCGGUCAAGGUGCUGCAGUACGGACCGGACCUGCAGAAGGCCGUGCACAACGAGGUGUUCCUGAGCCAGGCGUUGCGGCACGAGCACGUGGUGGCGGCCCUACACUUUGUGGAGGUGGGCCAGGGCGGCCGAGCCACCACCGGGCCCGCACUGCGAGCCUCCAUAGACCUGCCUAUGCCACCCACAGCAGCAGUAGCGGCAGCAGGCAAGACAGGCUCGCCUGAUGCGGAUGCAGCGGCGGUAGCAGCAGCAACAGCAGCCGGGGCGGGCGUUGUGGCGGCGGCGGGUUCAAGAGACACCUCGCAGCGCCUGGCAUCGCCGGCACAGUCGGCGAGGCGAGGCGGGGAGGGCGGCGAGGGCCCGCGGUCCGCGGCGAAGCUCACACCGCCGCUGCCCGCAUUGCUGGCGGCGGGGCCGUUGAGGCCGGGCAGCAGCGGGGUCGCCGCAGCCGGCGGCAGCAGCGGCGGCGCUGGCAGCGGCGACGGGCAGUUGCACGGCUUCCUAGUGAUGGAGCUGUGUCAGGGCGGCAGCCUGGAGGCGUGGCGGCACAAGAAGUGGAAGGAGCCGGGGCAGGCACCCGACAUGCCGCUCAUCGCCAACCUGGCACUGCACAUCGCUCGUGGCAUGGAGUUCAUCCACUCGCAGGGCGCCUGCCACGGCGACCUCAAGCUGUCCAAUGUGCUGCUGGCCUACACGUCCACUGGCACCUCAACAUCCUUCUCCCUGCUGGCCUCCGCCUCGGGCGCGCCCACGCCGCUGGCCGCCUCCCGCAGCAACUCCCGCGGCCCUGCUGCGGGCGCCUCUGCCGCAGCAGCCUCAGCCGCAGCAGCCGCGCCCGCACAGGGUGCGGCCUCUCGCCUGGACAGCCCAGCUGCGGCCGGUGACAACAAAUCCGCACCCACCAGCGCAGUGGCCCCAGGACCCGCAGCUGGCCUGGGCACGGGGACGGGGCCGGGGACACAGGGCGGGGGCAGCCGCGGCCCAGCCACGGGCGCCACUACGGGCGGUGCGGGGGGCGCGGGGCGCUCGCUGCAGCUGUGCGCCAAGGUGUGCGACUUCGGUCUGUCGCGGGUGCUGGGCGUGGACGCGACGCACGUGUCCACGCGGCCGCACGGCACUGCCACGCACCUGGCGCCGGAGGUGUGGGCGGAGGGCCACGUCAGCCAGAAGGCCGACGUGUAUGCGUUUGCGAUCACAAUCUGGGAGCUGGCCACUGGCGAGCGGCCCUGGCGCGGCCUGGCGCCGGGCGCCAUCCUGCACCGCGUCAUGAUCGCGGGCGCGCGGCCGCCGCUGCCGCUGUGGCUGCCGCCCGCCUUUGCCGGCCUGUUGGUGGAGUGCUGGGCACAGGCGCCUGGCGACCGGCCGUUGUUUGCGGAGAUUUCACAGCGGCUGGCGCUCAUGUGAGCGAUGCGUCAAUCAGCUGCAUAGGGCCCUGGUGAGGAAAAAAAGCGAUGCGUCAAUCAGCUGCAUAGGGCCCCUGGUGAGGAAAAAAAGGAGAGGGUGGGGGCGGGUUGUUGAGGGGACCAAGCGAUGCAGUGGAGGUAUUUUUUACUAGCGGGCUGCGUGUUCACUGCUGCUGGCUCCCACCCAGGAAACUGCUGCUCGAGACAAUUUGUUGUUCAGUGCGUAUGGGUUGUGAUGAUGAUGGGUCGUGUCGCUGUAUUUGUCGGCGGAUUGGAGAACUCGAGCUCGUGUCAGCGGGUGGCGGCUGUUGGUCCCACAAUGCUCUUGGCAACCUUUUCGGGGUUCUAGGUAUCGUCGCACUGUGAUUGGUAUGAUUGCUUCGGAGGCAAGGAUCGUUGUGCAUCUAGAUUCGCCACGUACUCGCCACGCACUUGCUUUUCGUCUCCUGCUCAAACAAUACUGGUGCUUCUUGCGACACGGUACCAUGCGCCAGCUACGGUCUAUAUAAGUUUUGUGUGAAUUUGUCUGAACUCAAGUUUCGAGGUGUGAGGAACAUGCGUCCCAUAUGUUUGGAAUGGGCGCGCACAAGUCAUCACCGUGGGUGACAUCGGCUUAGGGUAUACGUACCGGCUCAAUGCCUUGGGUUCGGUGGGUAGGCAUCCGACUCGGAAUUGCCAUCCGGAAAUGCCAAUGCGAUUGCCAAGUGUGGGUGCCCAGCCGCGCUGCAUUUCUAGUGGGUGUCUGGGCUGGUGAAGCAGCGACAGGCCGCAGCUGCCUGGCUCGGAACGGGCAAUGGAACUGCGGGGGUGGUAGGACGGAGCGGUGCGUGCCAUAGCUAACAUCAGUAGCGGGCCUAGAGUAAAUGCCUGCUGGGUGCUGGGUGCUAUAAGUACGCUGUGCCUGCUGGGUGCUACAAGUACGCUGUGCGGAAGGAGGAGGGCACAGCAUCAACUCACUUGAUGGCACCUUGUCUGACCGCAUCUGUGAUGGGGAUACCACAAUCAUUCAUGACUAGCACCCUCACCCCCGUCUUUCAAGCAGGGGACGCGAGCGUGCUAGAUAACUACAGGGGUAUUGCUGUAGGGGGCCACUGCCAAAGUGUUUUGCCUCCAUAUUGCCUAAAAGGCUGACUCGUUUAGGCGAGGUUGCGGGCUCUACGGCCAGGACGCAGGCGGGCUGCCGCGCGAGACACGGCACGGAGUAUCGCCGCUUUGCCUUGAGGCACCUGAUAAAAGAAAGCACACACUAUCUCGCAAGACGGGGUUACUGUAUAUAUUACAAUUUGAUUUCGCGAAGGCUUUUGACUCAGUCGAGCAUGACGCGUCGUGGGCCUUCCUGCAAGUUUACGGUCUUGGAGAGCGCCGGGGGGGUGAUACGGUAUGAGAGUCAAAUGCCUUUCAGUGUGGGAAAGGGCGUCAAUCAAGGCUGCCGCGUGGGUGUCACACAGUUUGGCAUGUUUGUAGAGGUGCUGACGCAUUAUAUAGAUGCUACCGAUUAAUCUCCAAGAGGGGCUCAAUGAGUAGGGCCCAAUCACAGCCCUACCGUUGACGGUAAAAGCGCAACUAAUUAGCUGUAUGUGGAUGACGUCACCCGACUGGCGUGCAGAAGAGCGCGCGCGCUGAGGCUGCUCACGUACCUGCACAAAAUUAGCGAGGCCACGGGCAUCAUGCGAAUACGGUAAAUGCGGUUUAAUGUGAAAUGCUGAACUAUGAUAUGAUAGCAUUAGUCAGAGGAAGGAAUGGACAUGCGGUGGCUUUACACUUGGUGGAGCGCGGCUGAAAGUCCAAGCACCCAAGAGACGGCUGGGUACUGAUGCUCUAUUACAGUGCGGGACGGAAGCGUGCCGACUGUACCACAUGGAGCCCAGGUGUGGAGCCCAGAGAAGCUGGUACUGUCUUUGAAUGUAGCGUUCAUGCGUAAGGAAGCGGGUGCCAACAAGGAGGUGGCUGCCUUAGGGAGGCAGGAAAAGGGCUGAGCCCUCCCCUCCCGGGUCGUUAUCAACCCAGCCACCUUGACGCGGGCGCCUACUAACGCCAAAAACGCCAACCAGGACGUGCCUCUACGGGGAGAACCACUGCAAGUGCAUUGGGCCAUGCUGGGUGUGAGACUCUGGAGUGCGUGUUGUGCCUGAGCGCCUGUACAGGAACAUACUGCGCUUCCGCCGAGGUUGCGGAGGGUGAGCAGGCCUUGGGGCUGCGCACGGGUCGGGGACAUCUAAAUGUAACCCUGUCUCACC